GGCCGACCGCACCGAAAUUGAGAAAAAUUUUAAUUCGAGCUCACAGCCAUGGAGAAAAUAAGCACGAGUGCCUGAUCUGCGACUGAGCGCGGCUCACGGAGUCAGGUAGCCCUUUCUCCUGGCCCAGCCAAAGUCCCCGAGCGCCUAUCUCGCUUUGAACUCGGAAUGUCCUUGCACAUCUCCAGCGAGUGGACGGGCCUAGACGGGGCUUCGGAAAGGAAAGAAGGAAAAAAAAGGGUUCGUUCGCACAGCAGUCGUUGGACACGACAUGAUUUCCGUCCUGCGACAUAUAAGUAGCGCGUGGACCGCGCGUCGUGACCGCAGCUUUGUCCUUUGAAACGCUUUCCUCCCCUGCGGCCCAAAAGAUGAGCAGCGGCGCGGUAGACGUAGACGAGCUUAUCUAUCUCUUCGGGGACUCCAUCACGCAACAUGGUUACGAUCCCAGUGUGUCCGGCUGGGUCGCAGCCGUGAGCAACGCGUACGUCCGCAGGCUGACGGUCGUGAACGCUGGCCUGAGCGGGUACUCCACCGACCAGGCCGUGGACGUUCUUCCGCGGAUGCUUCCCAGCCCGGCGCAGGCCAAGAUACGUGUCUUUGUCGUCUUCUUCGGCGCAAACGACGCCCGGUUACCCGGCACCGGGGAGGGAUCCUCGCCAGAACAACACGUGCCCCUGGCGCAAUUCAAGGAGAAUUUGCGGACGAUCGUGACCCAUCCCCAGGUUCAGGAGCAUGGGCCCAAGAUCGUGAUGAUCACUCCGCCGCCCGUGGACGAGGCCCUGCUGACCAGGAAGAAUCGCCAGGCCGCCGUCACCGCAGAAUACGCCGUGCAGGUCCGUAUCCUCGCCCGCGAGCUGGCUCGCGAAGGCCUCGACGUGAAAUGCCUCGACAUCUGGACCACGUUCAUGCAAAAGUGCGGCUGGCGACACGGCGGGCCGCUGCUGGGAGCUCUGGGGGUCGAGCAGGACAAGACCACGGGGCUGCCGACUUUGUUGAGCGAUGGCCUGCAUCUGACUGCGGGUGGCAACAAGCUCGUGUCGGAGGAGCUUUUGCAACUGAUUGACCGAGAAUGGCCGGAGUUGACGCCAAUGGCCUUGCGAUUCAGGUUACCUGUAUGGCUGGACCAGGUAGCCUGGAAGGAGAUUUUCGAGAGGCGCGCACCGGUAUGACCUACAUGCGGUGGCAGUUUUUGGGGACCCACGGUUUUCCAUUGAGUGGCAUGAGCUGGCCUUUGCUGCAUGUGGAGGAGGCUAAGAACGUAUCUUUGGGAGUUGAUCUUUAAGAAAACAAAGGCGGUUACUUCGGGUUGACUAGAGGUAGCAUUUUUUUUAGCGCGGAUGAACACGUCUUUUGCAACAGAAAGACGGCAUUAUUUCAAAUUACAUUACACAAUCGAUUUCUGAUGCCAACAAACGCCUAGAUCUCUUGGAUAGGGUAUCGUUAAACCACAUUUCAAAAUAGAAGUAUGCCAGUAAUAGUCAGAUAAGCCACCAGCCAAUUGAGAACAAGACAAUUCC